AACAAAGUUAGGCUAGACGGUGUGGGCUUCGUCCCACCCCCGUCGUGGCCCAGCGACGAUCUGCCACCCAUUUCUCCCCUCCCGUCGUCGUCGAGUUCGUCGAGCCUAGGACGAUCGAGACGCUCUACAAAAGCCAAAAAGUUAGGUUUUUUCCGGUUAUGAUUUCGGUUCGAUCCAGCUGCUUGGUAGGACAAUAAAUGCAAAGGCGAAUCUUGGUUUCCUGCUAAUAUGUAUCAUGUUUUCUUCAAGGUGGGAAGGGAAGGAUUUGCAUGAUUUGAUACCAAGAAACACAGGCAUCUAUGGGGCGAUGGGUUUGGUAGGAAACUUUAUAUGCUCAACAACGGGAAUCGAUAGUACAGGAGGAUACUCGCCAUCUUUAGAUGCCAUUGUGCAAGGACUUGGAUAUGCUGCUCCACCAAUUAUGGCUCUUCUGUUUAUACUAGUCGAUGAAGUUGUGAAAGUGUCGCCUCAUGCUCGUGCAAUACGGGAUGUAGAAGAUGAGGAGUUACGAAGUUUUUUCUAUGGAAUGUCUCCAUGGCAGUUUAUAAUGAUAUUGCAGCAAGCUCAGUUGGUGAGGAGCUAUUUUACCGCGCUGCUGUUCAGGGUGCAUUAGCAGAGGUGUUUUUGAGGUGGAAUGAUCUUGUCACGAAUGCAUCAGGAAUGGCUGCACUGACCGGGGUUCUGCCUCCAUAUGUGCCAUUUGCUCAAGCAUUUGCAGCAGUUAUCACAGCUGCACUUACACUUACAGGAUCGCUUUAUUAAUGCAACUUUAUGUUGUCUGUUUAUGUAAAAAAAGUAGAAGAUUAAAAAAAUAAAAACAUAAAAGUGGUGGGGUAGGAUCAUCUAGGACCAUCCUCCCA